AUGGCCCAGCCACAGCAAGCCAUGAGACUGCCACCUGCAGUUGUUACCAAAGUCAAUGAGAUCAUGGACUCCCAGAAGCCAAUCAACACACAGGUGGGCAUGAAGAGGUCCCUGUUGGGGGAAAGCAUCUGUGCUGAGCUUUCCACCAACAGUGCCACCAGACAAAAGCAGAUGGACAAGAAUGUCCAGAUGGUUGCAGCAGCCAAUGGGUCCUUGGCUCCAGUGACUGGCCAUGAGUGCUUCUUGUCUUUGAGCUGCAGCCAUACCACUGCCUUUCUCAGAGCUUUGCAGCAUGGCUGCCAAGGGCCAAAUGAAGAGCAUGUGGAAGCAUCCAAAUCAGACCCAUCUUGGGAUUUGAUCCACAAUGGAUGGGAGUGGGUUGUCCUCAACCCACUGGUAGAAGAAGAAUGGCCAGUUUUACCAGGCAUUUUGCAGUCAGCUCUCAAUUCUUCCAAUGCAAUUGCCAAGGCAGCCAAUGAAUUAGAAGUUGCUGCCACUUUGGCCCAAUUCUUCAUGGGUGGAAUGUCUCUGACCCAAGCACUGGCCAAGGCCAGGGAUGGAGCCAUGGCUUGCCAGGAGAGUUUGGAGCACAUUGGCUACUUUGUGCAGCAUUAUGCUGGUACAUAUUUCAAUUGCCAGCUGAUGAUUGGCCAGGACCUGAUGGCAGCCCUAGCCACCACCAACUUCAGAGUUCAAGGCUGUGUCUUUCCCCACCUCAGGGUUGCCAUUUGGGCAACAUUAAGUUCCAGCUCCAAGAACCAAGAUGGUUUCAGCAAGAUCUUGACCAAGAGCGAUGUGGAGAAACUUCGUGCCCCAAACAUGUCUGGCAAGAUCAUGUCCACAGAGACCAUGCUUGCUGACUCUUGGAAAGUGGCCCAAGAUCCAGCCCUGGACAAAGACAAUGCCACCAAGGCUUAUGGUAGGCUCUGUGUGCGAAGCAUCCUCUUUCUUGUGUCCAAGCAGAAGUUCUCCAGAGAAGACCAUGAAUACCAGAACUCUGCUGAAAUUCUCAAAGCUUUUAGUCAAGAAGUGCAAGCAAAAGCAUCCAUGGAUGACCACCUGGACCAAGAGGAACUGAAGGUCACAGACACCAGCCAGGCCACAGCCCAAAGCAUGGCUUUGCUCCAGAACCAGCAUGUGAAGCUUCACCAAAUGUACCAGAACAACAAGGAGCACUAUGGCAAAGUCUUUCAACUCCAGGCUUUGUCUGAGACCACAGGGACCUUUGUCCACCAAGGUGUGCUGGAACCUCCAACUAGCAUUGAAGUUCCAUUUGGAAAGUUUUGCCAAUGGAGGCUGACCAAGGCCAAGAUGCCAAAGGUGUGUCCACAAGGCCAAAUUGACCAAGGACUGUACCAAGGCAACCAGCUGGCCCAACAAGAGCUUGCCAGAGUGGAAGUGGAAAUGGCCUUGCACCUGGCCAUGCAAGCCAACCAUACUGCCAAUGACUGUCUGGCCUUUGCUUUGAACCCACCUGGUGUCUACAUCUUGAAAGCCAUCAAAAAGGCCAAGGCAUUGAAAUUUGUAGCCAUUGGCAAUGUCUCCAAGGUGAAAAAGAAGGAGCAGCCAGAACAAGACCAACAGGUGCAGAUCCAACACAUGGUCAAGCACAGAGGUGAAGAAUGGUCCAUCAGUGCUUGGAAGCAGGACCAGACAUUUGACCAAGACAGCAAGAACCAUUUGAACCCAUACUGGUGGGUCAAACCAUGUGAAGAUGAAGAAGCAGCCAACAUGGAGUUUGCCACUGUAAGCCAAGAGGGAAUCACCUUGCCAGUCCUGCAAAACUCCAAACCAUUGGCAGCCAAGGAGCAGCUGUUCUACUACAAGCCCAAGAAUAACCAGCAGGCAGCUAUUGGCAGCCAAGGCCCAGCUGCCAAGAAGAAGAAAACCAGCAAGUGA